CACUUUAUUUAUAAAAAUACAGACUCAGAGAGGAUGAGGGCUUCACACAGCCGGAAGACAGCUUCCGAGCUUACCUCCAGCCAGGGGAAGGUUGGUGAAGAUGAGGAUGGGGAAUGACCUUCUGUUUCUUCCUUGCUCCCAGCGCCGGGGUGUCAGCCCUCUGCUGCCUUCUCCCCUCUCUCUCCUUCCAGGUGUCCAGAGUGUGGAAGUGCAGUUGGAGAACCAGAUGGUCCUGGUGCAGACCACCCUGCCCAGCCAAGAGGUGCAGGCCCUUCUGGAAGGCACAGGGCGGCAGGCAGUGCUCAAGGGCAUGGGCAGUGGCCUCUUGCAGAAUCUGGGGGCAGCAGUUGCCAUUCUGGAGGGCCCUGGUCCUGUGCAAGGGGUGGUGCGCUUCCUACAGCUGAGCCCUGAACGCUGCCUCAUCGAAGGGACCAUUGAUGGCCUGGAGCCUGGGCUGCAUGGACUCCAUGUCCAUCAGUUUGGGGACCUCACAGGGAACUGCAACAGCUGUGGGGACCACUUUAACCCUGAUGGAGCAUCUCAUGGGGGCCCUCAGGACUCUGACCGGCACCGUGGAGACUUGGGGAACGUCCACGCUGAUGCUGAUGGCCGCGCCAGCUUCAGGAUAGAGGAUGAGCAGCUGAAGGUAUGGGAUGUGAUCGGCCGAAGCCUGGUCAUCGACGAGGGAGAAGACGACCUGGGCCGGGGUGGCCAUCCCUUAUCCAAGGUCACGGGGAACUCAGGAGAGAGGUUGGCUUGUGGCAUUAUUGCACGCUCUGCUGGCCUCUUCCAGAACCCCAAGCAGAUCUGCUCCUGCGAUGGCCUCACCAUCUGGGAGGAGCGAGGCCGGCCUAUCGCUGGUGAGGGACGAAAGGAGCCGGCCAAGCCCCCUGCCCACCUCUGAGCACGGCCUCAGCCUUGGGUUUAUGACUGUUCCCCCAGCUGAGCACCAUCCGCUUCCAGAGAGAAGGGAGGCCCUGCUUGCCCGGCCCCAGGAGAACUCGGGUACAGGGGGUGAAGGGUCGCUGCAAUGUUCCCUUGGCAAAUUAAAGUUUUAUUUUCAUAUAGAA